CGACAACUUGUUGUACCAUCGCCUGUCAGUGCCCUCCCUUUACUCCACCGUUGUGGCGUACAUACAAAUUCCGCUUGAAUGGGAAUCGUCGUAGCCUACUUCCGGUCAGCUAAUCCACCUGCACUGAACAGCUAUGACUUCACAGUGGAAGGGAAACUCAUUCUAUCUACAGAAAGUGAAUUGGCGCUAUCCUCCAUUGAAAAUUCGACAACUUUUAAAUUUGUUGUGCCCGCUGGUGUCCUUAAAGUUGGGGCAGCCGUAGUUGGUUUCUACGUAGGUGAAGGUAAUGAGACAUUUGCCUACAAAUACCUGUCAUUUACUGACAGCUGUCAUGUCUGGGAUGAGAACAACCUCAAGUGGGUCCCAGCUUGCGAGAUGUCCUCAGCUUCUACGGCUACCGAGACAGUGUGCACCUGUGAUAAUCCACCAGGUGUCGCCUUUGCCAGCGCUUUCCUGGUGCCGCCCAAUACUAUCGACUUCAAGCUUGUUUUCUCCAAGUUUGACCCCAACAAUGCCUCUGUAUACGGCACACUGAUUGGUCUUCUGCUUGUCUGGGUGCUGGGCGUUGUGUGGGCCCGACGGCAGGAUAAGAAAGACAAAGAAAAGUGGCUGGUAGGUUACCUGAAGGACAAUCUAGCGGGAGAGAACUACCUGUACCUGCUGACAGUCCACACAGGGUUAAAACGAGGCUCUGGCACUAAAUCCAACGUCAGUUUCGUCCUCGGCGGCUCUCAUGCGGACUCCGGCAUCAGGGUCUUAUCGGAUGGCAAACGGACACUAGAAACUGGGAGUGUGAUGAGGUACAUCAUGACCACGGGGACGUGUCUGGGACAUCUAGACUACUUACGCAUCUGGCACGACAACAGCGGGGGGUACCAGGCUGGUUGGUUUCUGAACAGGCUGGAUGUUGAAGACCUGAACACGGGUCAGAGGUACUUGUUCAUCUGCGAGCGAUGGCUGGCCGUGGACAAGGACAACGGUGUUGUAGACCGCCUCGUUCCACUGGCCCAGCAGGACGAGAUCAUGUCCUUCGACAGGCUGUUCUCGGAGUACACCAAGAUCGGCAUCACCGACACCCACCUGUGGCUCUCCUGCUUCAUGCGUCCCGCGCCCAGCACCUUCACGCGUGUGCAGAGGGUCUCGUGUUGUCUAGUCCUGCUGCUUCUAACUAUGAUCACCAGCGCCAUGUUCUACAAGACUGAAGACAGGGUGACCGGAACAAGCUUAAAUUCCGUGGGCAUGGAAGUAAAAGUUGGUUUCCUACGCUUUUCCUUGACAACCUUGUGGACGUCGGCUGUAUCUGUUGUCAUCACUUCUGUACCCGUGACUAUUUUUGUUCUCAUCUUCCGCAAUUAUCGGCCCAUGUCAGGGCCGAGAGCCAAGAAACAGCAAAAGGGAAAAGUUACCGAGCUAACCGAUGUGUGUGAAACCCCUGAACAUAAAGAGAACACAAGCAAGUCGGAAGAGAGCCUGGAGGACUCUAUGGGAAUCAAUCUUCAGACUAACCUACUGCCCCACUUCUGGUGCUACAUCGGCUGGCUGCUCCUGAUGGCGACUGCAGCGACCUGCGCCUUCUUCCUGGUGCUGUACAGCAUGCAGUGGGGCAUCAGUACUUCCGAGGAAUGGCUUGCCUCCUUCGUGAUCUCCUUCUUCGGGAGCAUAUUUGUCAUGGACCCUAUUAAGGUGAUAUUGCUGGCGUGUCUGCUAGCGUACUGCGUCCAAAACCCAUACACAGAGCAGUCCCACAGUGAGGACGUGACUUUGGAGCAAGUGCAGAUGAAAGUCGGCAUGUUCAGUGCAAGUGCAAUAGAUCCCGCAGCUCUGCCUCCUGACCCGGUGCCACGCAAGGUUCUGGCAAAGUCCCGCAAGCGACAGCUGCACGAGCAAGAGUCACAGCGGGUCUUCUUCGACCUCCUGCUCUACAGCUUCUUCGUCUUCUCCGUCUAUUCCCUGUCAUACGGCAACCGGGAUGAGAACACUUUCUCCCAGAACGACCACCUGGACAACCUGCUGUAUCAGACAUCGGGUGGCGCCCCUUUUCCCUUCGAAAACAUCACCAAACGAGAAGAGGUGAUGAGGUGGAUGAACGAGACGAUGCUGCCCGUGUUAUUUCCUAGGAGAGACAGCCUGGGUAACAGCCUGCAAUUACGUGAACGAGUCUUCACCUCUGACCCCACCAGCUUCAGGGUUGGUCCUGUUCGGGUCCGUCAGCUCAGGAUGCCUUUCAUGGAAAGAACCAAUGCAGUCGGAGGUUAUUCGUCCCUGCUCGGAAAGCGCCGGUAUUGCCCCCCUUACAGCAUGGGGCAGGAGGAGACGGGGAUGUACUGUGUACGGUGGAAACCACUGGCUUCUUGCUCCUACGAAGAAAGAAAUACCAAGCUGAGCCGGGUCGCCUGGAUGUACCAGAGCUUUGAAGGCAUCUCCUCCCUGCCUGUAUGGGGAACUUACUCCGUCUACAGCAGUGGCGGCUACGUUAUGGACUUUUCCGUCAACUGGGACGUGAUAUCUCUAACGUUGCAAGAACUAGAAGACAGGAACUGGCUGGAUGAACAGACACGUGUCGUCUUCCUGGAGUUUUCCCUCUACAACCCCGAUAGCAACUUUUUCUCGUACCUGCGACUUUCAGCCGAGUUCCCCGAGACUGGGGAAACCUUUCUGGGGAGAAAAGUACAGACUUUCCGCAUCUACGAACACCUGCAGGCUAUAGGUUUCUACAUGUACAUCUGUGAAAUAAUUGCUGCUAUCGGUGUCAUCAUCUUUACCAUCAAGAUUGCACUCAGAAUUAAACAGCAAAAGCUCGGUUUCUUCAAUGAGUUCUGGCAGGUGCUGGACCUCAGCAUCGUACUGAUAUGCUAUGUUGUUAUGGCUUUCUACGCCAUCAAGACGAUGAAAGUUAAUGAGUCCAUGGCUGCCUGGCGAGAUAACUCUAAGCAAUACGUGGACUUCUACCAGACGGCCUUCUGGGACGACAUGUAUGGCUACUCUCUGGCCUCCGUCGUCUUCACCACCACCAUCCGCCUGCUGCGCAUCCUGGGCUACAACCGACGACUGACGAUGAUCGCCGCUGUGCUGGCCAACUCCAGCCGGGACCUGUUCGGCUUCUCGCUCGUCUUCGCCGUCGUCUUCAUGGCCUACCUCUCAGCCGGCUACCUCGUCUUCGCCAGCACCUUGUCCGAGUUCCGCUCUCCGUGGGAGUCAGGUCUUCGCGUUGUACCAGAUGCUGCUGGGCAGGAACGUGCUGACCGCCUUCUCCGAGGACUUAGAGAUGUUUGCCUGGAUCUUCUUCAUUUCCUAUGUCAUCCUGGUCUUUAUGAUCCUCAUGACAAUGUUCCAGGCGAUCGUGUGUGGGUCCAGCACCAUUGUCCGCUCAGAGGUCAGCAGCGUGCCGCCCCCCUAUGGGCUGACCAACCUGUUCGUCAAGUUCUACCACACGUCAUCGCCGACCUGCUCCCUGCCUGGCUUACACGUGGCAAAAGUGCAACAGGUCCCGCUGAAGCGCAUGCUCAUGCGCAGUCAGCAGGAAGUACACAUCCACCUGGCGACAAGAAAAUGAGAAACCAUCCGAGUUCGAAAAAGGACCACUCUUUCCGUCGACAGACAUACGAGUCUUACUAGCAGAGGAGGAAGACUACAAGAGGAUGCAUGAGGGGCUGGUGAGGUUUGUCACGCAAACAACAAAGAGUUGCUCUUAAGAUCAGCUUUCUAAAGUUUCCUUGCCAGCUUUCAGACUGAAUUUUUUGGUGAAACCAUUCAUAUCAUACCUACAUAUUUCGCAUCUUUGGGGAGACCAUCGACAAUACCUUGAAGACUGAUUUUCGUCAGCAUUUGAAUCUGCUCGUGCGCUUUUCUGCUGUGUGAUAAACUACAUCCUCCUGCUGUGUCUUCGGUUAAACCCUAGUCUGAUGAAUUCCUUUUAGUUUUGAAAAGCUGCUUUUGACCGUCUGAAUGUAAAGCACCUAAGAUACUUUUCUUCCUUCUUACUGAAUGUCAAGAGGAUUUAUGCUCAUUACAUUGGAAAAUUAUUCUGCAUUUUUCUGUAGUUGCUGUAUUCGCUUUUAUAAUCUCUGUGCAAUUUUUCAUAUUUCUCGCUUCUAAAAUCAUGUUUUAAAAUAGGAAAUGA